AUGAUUUACACAGAAAAUAUAUUUUUUAUAAAUCAGCAACUUGGCUUUCAUUUAUUGCUGGUAAUUAUUUUCUCUGAAUUGUCAACACUUGUUGGUUUCCCAAUAUGCUUUUAUUUGUCAAUAAAUUCUUAUGGACUUAGAAAUUGGGAAUUUGAUUGGUCUUAUGGGGUUGCUUGGGGGGCUUUAUUAUUUAUUUUUGGUGCUUUACUUUUAUUAAUUUGUGACAAAGAACAUGAAGAAGUUUAUUAUAAAGAAAAAACUAUAUAUAAUCCACCUGCUGAAUUUACAUAA